AUGCAGCCCUACGUCCAGGAAAAGCGUCAGCACUCCCCCUCCAUCUUCGUCCGCACCGCGUCUGGCGAAGGCUGGCAGCGCCUCCCGAGUCCCUCUCCGGAGUCGCCCUCGUCCCCGCUCCAGUCGCCCUCCUCCUCGCGCCCCGGCUCGCGCGACCGCCCCUCGAGCCCGUCCGACGUCCACACCGUAGUCUCGAGGCUGCUCGCGCUCGUGAAGCAGCUGCAGGACGUCCUCCACUCGUGGGGCAUGCACCAGGCGCAGGAGGAGCAGGUCAGCGACGCGUUCGUGCUCGUCGGCCAACAAUUCAACACGACCGUGAAUGUGCUCUGGCGGCACAAGGUCGACAUGAGCGACAUGGUCCACAUCGUCGUCGACCUCCGCGACGUGCUCGAGAACUGCCUCGGCGAGGAGCCGUCCCCGCAGGUGCUCGAGAAGUACAUGCCGCAAGUGCGCCGCGUCGUGUACGACCUGCUCGUCGGGCUGCGCAACAAGCAGGGCCCGUACUGGGAAGCGGUGUACGGCGGCCAGCGGCGCAAGACCGCGGGGCUCGAGCCGAACAGGCAGUCGGUGUGA